AUGCUGAUGCGCUGUAUGACGCCGACCCGGCUGCGCCGGGCAAGUCAUACUGCCGACGAGGGGGGGUUCAUCCUGGACGGCGUGGACUCGUUUGACGCCCCCUUUUUUGGAAUUUCUCCACGAGAAGCCCGCACACUAGAUCCGACACAACAUGUGAUGCUGGAAACGUGUUGGGAAGGGUUGGAGCGUGCUGGGUACACCAUGGAACAGCUCCGCGGGAGUCUGACGGGGGUGUUCAUCGGCCAUAGUCAAGUGGCCGCUCACAGCGUCAGUCGAGACCUCGCUGAUUUGGAUGGAUAUGCGGUCACCGGCUCCAUCGGGGCCACUCUCUCGGGCCGGGCAUCAUACAUUCUGGGAUUGGAGGGCCCGUCCCUGACGGUGGAUACGGCAUGCUCAUCGUCCCUAGUUAGUACGCACUUGGCCUGUGCAUCAUUGCGACAGGGGGAAUGCGAUAUGGCAGUGGCGGGCGGAGUCACUCUGAUGCUUUCCCCAGGGCUCCUAGUGGAGUUCAGCCGGUUAGGAGGCAUCUCGCCCGAUGGCUCCUGCAAGGCGUUUGCGGCCGACUCACAAGGUACCGGCUUCAGUGAAGGCUCCGCCGUUCUCGUCAUGAAGCGACUAUCCGAUGCCCAGCGUGACGGCGACACCAUCCAGGCCGUGUUACGCGGGAGCGCUAUCAAUCAUGGCGGACGCCGUGCUGCAAGCCUCACAACGCCGAGUGGCGGUGCCCAGGUACGCCUCAUCCGUACCGCCCUCAGGGCAUCCGGGCUGACACCGAGUGACAUUGACUAUGUUGAAGCCCAUGGCACGGCCACUAAGCUAGGCGACCCUAUAGAAGGCACUGCGCUAGCGGAAUCGAAUAUCGGCCAUACCCAGGCAUCCGCCGGCCUAAUGAGCGUGUUGAAGGUCGUGUUGGCCAUGCAACACCAGAUGCUUCCAAAGAGCUUACAUGUCAGGGAGCCAACUCCAUUGGUGGACUGGCGCAAAGCUAAUAUGGCACUGGUGCUGGAGAAUCGGCCAUGGCCGUCUACCCACACGCGACGCGCGGGCGUAAGCUCGUUCGGAAUUGGCGGUACUAACGCUCACGUCGUCGUCGAGGAAGCACCACCCUCAUCAUCCAUAAUUACCGAACACAGAAAUCGUCGAUCAUUGCUACCUACGGUACCGUUUGUAGUGUCGGGGCAAACCGACGCGGCCCUACGUCAACAAGUUAAGAGGCUUCGCCGACACCUUGAGAAUACCAUUCCUACGAAUGGCAGCGACUACCUAGGUGACGUGGCUUACUCGCUGGCGGUCAAGCGCACCCAUUUCCGCCAACGCUUGGCAUUUAUUGCCAACGACAAGGUGGACCUGCUGAAAAAGCUGGCCUCUUACGCAGACGCCCGGAUGAGCGAGUUGCAGCCUCCGGCCGGCGUUAUCCGCAGUAUCAAGAUGGGAUACACUGAUGGGGAGUCGGACCUAGCCAUGUUGUUUACCGGCCAAGGGAGUCAGCGGCUAGGUAUGGGCAAAGGACUGUAUGAAGUCUAUCCCACCUUCCGCAAAGCCCUAGACGAAGUCGCAGCAUACUUCCCAAACCUUGAAACGCCUCUCUUGGAAGUCAUGUGGGCCGAACCCCAGAGCGAGGCCGCCAAAUUACUCAACCGUACCGACUAUGCGCAGCCCGCCAUAUUUUCCGUGGAGGUGGCACUGUGGCGGCUAUGGCAGAGCUGGGGAAUCCGUCCGCAAGUUGUGCUAGGCCAUAGCGUUGGAGAGCUGGCGGCGAUCCACGUUGCGGGGGUUUUAGAUCUUUCCGAUACAUGUCGACUUGUGGCUGCCCGUGGCCAUUUAAUGCAAGCCUUGGCCGGGACCCGAAGCGGGAGCAUGGUGUCGCUGGAGGCUACCGGAGCGGAAACAACAGCGGCAAUGUCCCUUCUCGACGUACAGGACAAGGUCGACAUCGCGGGCUAUAAUACGCCGACGCAAACGGUGGUAUCUGGGGACAAACAAGCCGUCGAGGUCGUGGCGGCCCAUUUCGCUAGGCAGCUCGGCCGUAAGGUAAAGACGCUCGACGUAUCGCACGCAUUUCACUCGUCGCACAUGGACGAUAUGCUGCCAAUUUUCCUGGCCGUGGUGAAGACGCUGCACUUCAGCCCGCCCAAGGUGCCCGUAAUCAGCAGUCUGACCGGCCUACUGGCUGAAGAAGGACAACUGGAACAGCCCGAAUAUUGGGUCCAGCAGGCAAGGCAGGCGGUUCGCUUCAGUGACGGCAUUCAGACAAUUUACUACCAGCAGGGGGUCAAGAUAUUCCUGGAGCUCGGUCCGCAUCCCGUGCUGUUGGGCCUCACAGCGGCGUGUCUUGCGAGCUAUGAAUCUCAUGAUGAUGAUGAUGAUGAUGAUGAUGAUGAUGAUGAUACGUGGCCUGUGCUCCUAGCCUCGCUCACAACGGGCAAACAGGACGACAUCUCGGUCAUGCGACGCAGUCUUGCCGAGCUGCACAUGAGACAUGUGCCCAUUAACUGGCUCGCAUACUUCAAACCAUGGUGUUGCCAAUCAGUAACGUUGCCAACCUAUGCCUUUCAGCGUGACCGCUGGUUCAGACAGCCACGAGCGUAUGUUUGCCUCAAUGGCAACGCCCUGGCAGACAGCGACCGGACUGACGGGCCUCCCUCCGGCGGGGACAGUGAUCUUUUCCAAUUCGAGGUCACCUGGCGCCGAUUGGACAAGGAGAAGGUACAGCUGAGGGGUAGUGGCCGCUCGUGGGGUUUCAUUUGCCCGGCGGGUAAAGGGGAGUGGGCAUCAAAGGUCACGAGGGCCUUGUCCCGGGCCGGGAUACGGUUGACUCACGUCCAGCGACUCGAGGAGGCCCGGCAGCUAGACGGGCUGCUAUGUCUAUGGGAUAUAUUGUCCUGCACAGAUGUUCCACGCCAGGCAUCUCAACACACCACACAGGCGCUCACCCAGCUCCAGAUGGCGGCGAGAACCAGCUUCCCGCUGCCAAUCGUUUGGGUCACUUGCCAAGCAGUAGGAAUUGGCGGCCACGAGGGUGAUUCUGGUCAGGUGAAUGGACUGGCUGCCGGGCCUCUGUGGGGUUUGAUGCGCGCCGCUCGCAAUGAGCAUCCAGACAUUCGCAUGCGUCUCAUCGACCUGGGUGAGGAAAAAGGGGCACAAGAGGCCCUCCUCCUCGCGCUAACACUGGCAGAAGAGCCCGAAUGCGCCGUAAGACAAGGACGGGUAUUAAUGCCGCGGCUACAGCAGGUGAAGGGGUUGAAGCCGGUUGUCGAGCAGCAGCGACCCCUUCUGCGCCAGGAUGGUGCUGUGUUGAUCACUGGCGGCCUUGGGGGCAUCGGCAAGCGCGUGGCUAGGUGGCUGGCGAGCACGCACCACGUUCACGACUUGGUGCUAAUAUCGCGCCGCGGCAUGGAAGACUCCAGUGCUGAAGCAUUCGUGGCCGAGCUAUCACAAUUCGGCAGUAGAGCUACAGUGGUUGCCUGUAACGUCGCAGAUUUCGAGAGUAUCAAGUUAGUCAUGACCAUGUUUAGUGUACAGAGACCAUUACGCGGGGUGGUUCAUGCGGCCGGCGUGGUGGAUAACGGCGUUCUCUCGGCCAUGACACCGCAGCGAUGUGCCACAACAUCUGCGCCGAAGGUGGAUGGCGCUUGGAAUCUUCAUCGGCUGACUCAAGGCAUGGAUCUGGAUGUGUUCAUGAUGUUCUCGUCGAUUGCGGGGGUUCUGGGCAUGCCUGGUCUAGGGAACUACGCGGCUGCAAACACCUUCCUCGAUGCACUAGCUCACCAACGUCGCGCCCAGAACCUACCGGCCACCUCAGUGGCAUAUGGGGUCUGGGAAGGAGAGGGUAUGGCGGCUGGGCUGACGGGUAGGACGACAUUGACUCACCUUUCCAAAUUCGGUCUAGAUCCGUUGAAGCCCGAAGAAGGCCUGAAGUUGUUGGAACAGGCCAUUCGCGGUGGCCGGGCGCUCACCGUGGCCGCGGCCCUUGACCCAAGACGACUCCGGAUCUACCUCGAGAAUGAGCUUGCGGAGAGGGACGGCAUACCAUCGUUCUAUAGCAAGCUGUUACGUGAACCGGAAAGCAACGGGGGCAGCAACAACGAGCCGAGAAACGGCGGCCGAAGUGGGAAGCUGCGCACGGCGUUGAGCAAAGCGCCUGCAGAGCAGCACGAUGCCAUUGUUCUGGCCAUGGUUCGAGAAACAGUAGCCGAGGCAUUGGGAUUCCCGUCAGCUAACCAGGUGGAUGUAAAUAUACCUUUACAGGAUAUCGGGUUCGAUUCAUUAACGGCCAUUCUGCUGCGCAACCGGUUGGCCGCCCUGACUAGCCUCAAAACGCUGUCGGCUGGGAACAUCACAUGGCAAUAUCCAAACCUUAGAUCCCUUAGCCACUUCUUGCUGUCUCAGCUACAGUCAGAGACACCAGCACGGAGCAAGCAAAGCUGCUUGGCGUCGGAUUCUACUUGUAAUCAGCCGCUGAGCAGCACGCAUACCAUGGAAGCAGUUGGGAAAGGUUACCUCGACCCUGACAUUACCUUCGACAAUAUAGACGAAGUUCCACGUCCCAGGUCUGUUUUUGUCACAGGGGCUACAGGCUUUGUCGGUGCCUUCAUUCUACGCGAGCUUCUCGAGUUGGGUAUCGCCGCCCACUGUUUGGUACGUGCUGAGGGCGUCAAACACGGCAAGCAGCGGUUGGUAGAGUCGCUCGCCAGCUACGACCUCUGGAAGCCCGACUAUGAGUCACUACUCAACCCGGUUGUUGGCGAUGCAGCAAAGCCUCUGUUCGGUCUAGCCAACGCGGCUUUCGACGACUUGGCCAACUGUGUCGAUGCCAUUUGCCACUCAGGCGCCCUAGUCGACUGGAUGCGGCCGCUGCACGAUUAUAUUGGCCCGAACGUCAUUAGCACGCAUGAGGUCUUACGCCUAGCCUCGUGUGGCCGCGGGAAGGCAGUCCAUGUUAUCUCUACCCUUUCAACCUUACCUAUACAUCUGGGCUAUCAGGUUCCCGAGUCCGAUCGAGAAUACGGCUACUCCACCUCCAAAUAUAUCGCAGAGCGCAUGGUGGCCGCAGCGCGAUGGCGCGGAGCCAAGGCCUCUGUGUACCGUGUGCCCUUUGUCGCUGCCUCUGCCGCGACCGGUCACUUCCGAGUCGACCGGGGCGAUUUCUUACACAACUUGAUUGCUGGAAGCAUCCAGAUGAGAAGUUUCCCCUGCUUAGACGCCGAUCUUUCCGUCGUGCAACCCGUCGAUUACCUGAGUGAAACCGUUGUUGCCAUCAUGGUCCACAACAGGUCUCGGAUUGGACACGACUUCGACUUUGUCAACAAGUAUGCAGUGAGCUGCAAUUAUUUCUUCAAGCUCAUGGGUGGCGAUGACGCGGGUACGCUUUUGCCCUUCCAUGAAUGGCAGCUGAGAGCAUUGGCCUACGCUGCCGCGCAUCCGAAGAGCGCAUUGGCGCGUAUUGGGACCAUAAUCGACGGCCUCGCCGACGAAAAUGCCGCAGCUGCGAUGCUUAAGGGCCUACCGACCGGCGAGCACGUACUGGGCGGCGAUGUCUAUCCCGCGCCACUGGUUGACGAACAAGUUGCCCGUCAUUAUCGGAGCCGCAUUGAUAUGUACAAUGUUGAUAGGUCAAUUUCAAGCUUGAAGCCAGGAAAUCUGGAGUGA